AUGAGUAUGGAAUCUUGCGAUGAGUGCAUCAGAUGCGGUGGUCACUGGUGUAAUGAUCCGAGUGCUAACACUGGCUGCGUUGACAUGCCAACCGAUAACUGGUGCCCUCUCCACCGAGAGCAGUUGGUGUCGGUCCGACAGCGGACCGAACAGGGAACUUCUGGCAACCCUACUUACAGGGAGAUGACUGUGCAUGUGGGAAAACAAGACAUCAUUAGCUACGAAACGAUUGAGCCCAAGGUCAGAAUCUUCAACACAACGCAGACCGACGACUUCCACUAUAAGACGGCCAAAUUCGGUGGCAAGGAUAAUUGGUACGUGGAGGUCUCGCCCGGUUUCGGGUUCUGCACCAAAAAGAGCAAGACCUUGGAAGAGGUCUACUUGGAGAUUGACGUUGGUGACGUCAAGGAGAUCGUUAAAUACCACGUGCCCUGCAGCUGCCCGUGCAGCGAGCGAGCAGAGGUGUUCUCUAGGAAAUGCAGCAACAGAGGGACUUAUGCGUGCGGUGUUUGCUCCUGCCCAAGCGGAUGGUCGGGCAAGUCCUGCGAAAAGAAGGAAUGUCAAGGUAUCCGUGGAGAUCUUCAGUGCACAAAUCCUGCCAUGAACGACGUGGAGUGCUCAGGCAACGGCUUCUGCGGCCCGUGCGAGACGUGCGAGUGCUACGCGGACCGCCCCGGCUCCAGGUACUUCGACAAAGACAACUACUGCGCCGACAUCUGCAUGGCGGCGAACGACUGCGACGAGUGCCUGAGCAGCCCUGCCCUCGGCCGCUGCGCCGAGUGCCACUUCCCGCUGGUCAAGUUGCAGUACAACGGGACCUUGGCGGCGGAGCGCGACGCGUUCGGCAGGGGCGUGUGGGUCACGUGCAACGGCACCGUCGACGAGUGCCGCGUGGAGUACGCCGCGAUGAGGGACGAGAGCAGGGACGUGUACGUGAUGGUGGUCAAGCUCUGCGAGCACAGCAACGAGGCGUCCGUCGCCGGCGCCGUCAACGUGACGGUGCCCGUGGUGGUGACCGUUCUGCUGGUGGCGGCUGCCGCGGCCGCGACGGCCGGCUACCUCGUGUGGAAGAGCCGCCCCCCGCCGCUGCCCCUCGCCGACACCCAGUACCAGAACAUCGGCGCAGAGGACUGCGUCGGCUCCAACCCGCUCUACAUACCGCCCACCUCGUACUACAACAACCCGACGUACGGCAAGAAC